AUGAAAGACCAAACAACAACUUACAAUCCUUGGGAAAAACAUAUUCAACAAAUAUCGGGGAUUAUUCAAUCUGCUCCAACACAUGAUUUGAAUGUUAUGUUAAUAGCAAAAUUGAUGAACACCUUUAUUUUCAGUAAAUUAUAUUACAGAGAUUUGCAUACCCCGCUAAGGAAUUAUGAAAUAGAAGAGAUACAUCAGAUUAUUGGGAAGAAAUUGCCUCAAAACAUGGCAAUAACAAGAGCUCAAACGCCUCGAGAAUUGGGGGGAUUUGGAUUAAUAAAUAUAGCUAAUCAAAUAUCCAAAUUUACAGAAUAUUCACGGAAGAAAGUAGUAACAUAA